CAUGAUUCGGUAAAUUUUCAGUUCGAUCGGCCGGACUUCCUACACCCAAACCAGACCCCCAGACUUUUCGCUUUCCGAUUUUCUCCCUCUCCCCCGAUUGUGAGAGGCGCGCUAGCAGAAAGCAGUUUUCCCCCGAAUUGUCAAAUCCUCCUCGUUCUUGCUGCGACUUCGACCUCCUCUGUUUCUCCUCCUAGUUCUCCAAGAAACCGACACGGCGACGGCCGCAUCAAGGCGCCGCCUCCUCGGCUUCCUCUCCCUUUCCCCCACUCUAUAACACGUCGCCACUUCCCCUCUCUUCCUCGAUCACUUGGCUCGCGGCGCGCGCUUUCCUCUCCGCCGGUGCUUGCAUAGUAGGUUUGAGGACAGGGUUUUGUAGCUCACCAAUAUAAACAAUGGCUCUAGCAUCGCCAGUGGAAUAUGCUGGCACAAUCACUUCAACUCAGAGGCACAGCAGUCGUUUUGGACUGCCCGGCUGCAAUCGCUUGCAAUGUAUUAGGUAUGACAAGAAAUCAAGAGCAUCCUGUCAGAUGGUCGUCAGAGCAAUAUUCCAGGAUCGGCCCCAACUGGACUUCUCAAAUCCGAAUUGGAAAAGGCAAUUCCAAGAGGAAUUUGAUAGGAGGUUCAGUUUGCCGCAUUUGACAGAUGUAAUUGAUGUCGAAUCGAGGCCAACGACAUUUUCUCUCAAGAGCAGAACUCCUCUAGAGAAUGUUAAUGGUUCAUUGGAAGAAUCUUGGAACGGCUAUGUUAAUGAUGACGAUAGAGCACUUUUGAAGGUUAUUAAGUUUGCCUCACCAACAUCUGCUGGAGCUGAAUGCAUUGACCCUGAUUGCAGCUGGGUUGAACAAUGGGUGCACAGGGCUGGGCCACGUAAAGAAAUAUAUUUUGAGCCUCAGUGUGUAAAGGCUGGAAUUAUAACCUGUGGUGGACUUUGCCCUGGUCUCAAUGAUGUUAUCCGGCAGAUUGUGCUUACACUUGAAAAAUAUGGAGUGAAAAACAUUGUUGGGAUACAGCAUGGUUUCCGUGGAUUUUUCGAAGAUCAUCUAUCGGAAGUGCCUCUUAAUAGAAAUGUCGUCCAAAAUAUCAAUCUUGCUGGUGGCAGCUUCUUAGGAGUUUCUCGUGGUGGAGCAAGUAUCUCUGACAUUGUCAACAGCAUCCAGGCCAGGAGACUUGACAUGCUCUUUGUGCUAGGUGGAAAUGGAACUCAUGCUGGAGCUAAUGCUAUACAUGCCGAGUGCCGCAAGAGAAAACUUAAAGUGUCGAUUGUGGGCGUCCCAAAAACAAUUGAUAAUGACAUACUACUGAUGGACAAGACUUUCGGAUUCGAUACUGCAGUGGAAGCAGCACAAAGAGCUAUCAACUCUGCAUAUAUUGAGGCACAUUCUGCAUUUCAUGGCAUCGGAUUGGUCAAGCUGAUGGGAAGAAGCAGCGGCUUUAUCACAAUGCAUGCUUCACUAUCAAGUGGGCAAGUCGAUAUUUGCUUGAUACCUGAGGUACCAUUCACUCUUGACGGACCAAACGGGGUUCUUCGACACCUUGAGCACUUGAUACAGACCAAGGGAUUUGCUCUGAUUUGUGUUGCUGAAGGAGCUGGGCAGGAAUAUUUGCAAAAGUCAAAUGCAACCGAUGCUUCGGGGAACAUGGUUCUUAGUGAUAUCGGUGUGCACCUUCAACAGAAGAUCAAGUCUCAUUUCAGAGAAAUAGGUGUCCACUCUGAUGUGAAGUACAUUGAUCCUACAUACAUGCUCCGUGCUGUGCGUGCCAAUGCAUCUGAUGCCAUCCUAUGCACGGUGCUUGGCCAAAAUGCUGUUCAUGGUGCCUUUGCAGGGUUCAGUGGCAUCACAACCGGAAUAUGCAACACACAUAAUGUGUACUUGCCAAUACCGGAAGUCAUCAAAACGCCAAGGCUUGUCGACCCAAACAGCAGGAUGUGGCACAGGUGCUUGACUUCUACAGGUCAACCUGACUUCCAUUGAUCUUGACAGCAAAGUUUGUACGGUCUAAUGGGAAAAGUACAGGUGGUGUAUAGCAUGAUCCAUAUGAUAAGUUCAUAACUUGUUUAUCUUCCAUCAAAGGAGAUGAUAUGUCCCAACCUCCCAGGUCAUUGAGGUGCAGGAUGGCUACAAUAAAUACCUCACUUAUCAUUUUUUCUGUAGGUUAGUGAUUUAUACAUCUGUAUUAUCUCCCAUUGGAGUUCUGUUUUUCUACAAACAACAUGAUUCGUUCCUAUUCUGCAUGUACUGCAGCACAACCAUUUGUGUACAGACAUACAUGAAUCUGAAAUAAUGAACUUUGUCUUCUGA